AUGUUCACCUUCUGCCAUGUUUGCCAACCCUCCUUAAAAGUCGGGGGACUCCUGCUAAUGACUCAAAUGUUUUGUUGCAUUUGUAGCAUUAACAUUCCUUCGCAGCCAAAAAUGUCUUACAACAUAUUUGUUGCGCAAACCGGCUUAAGUAGAACUCAUCCGAGUAAGUAG